GCUACCGUGGGCCGGAGAGAGUGAUGAAGUUCGGUAAGAAGAGUGUCUGCGUGCUAAAUGUGGGGGGUACCCGGUACGCCUUCCCCCGCGAGGUGAUCCGUGAUUUCCCGCUACAGCGCGUGAGCCGCCUGCACGCCUGUGUCACGGAGAAAGAAGUCCUCGAGGUCUGCGACGACUACGACCAGGACAGCAAUGAGUUCUUCUUCGACCGGCACGCGCAAGCCUUUGUCUUCAUUAUGCUCUAUUUGCGUUCCGGGAAGCUCCGAUUCGUCCCGGGAGUGUGCGCGCUCUCAUUUUACAGCGAAAUGCUGUACUGGGGGCUUGGGAGCGCGCAUCUGGAGUUCUGUUGCCAGCGGAGACUAGACGACACCGGCUACUCCGAAGAGGACCUGAUUAUGCGCGCGGAGGACAACGAGUCCCUGAGCGAGGUGGAGGUGGAGAAAGGUGUGUGUGUGUCAGGGGCGUCAUGCACCCAUUAUUUUAGAGGGGGCACAAAAACAUGAGGAUGGGGGGGAGUGGGUUUUUUGCAUUUUUCAAACACCUGCAAUCUAGUGUGUGUGUGUGUGCACUGGUAUAUUAUGCCUAAUUCUGUAUUUAAAAAAAAGUAUACUUUUCUGCAUAGGUUAUCUAAGCAUACCUCUUUACCUUUUCAAUUGUCAUUUUAAUUAAUGAUGCACAUUGAUUCAUUAAGAACUAUUAUGGCUUGAGUUUAGUACAACACACUGGUAUAUAGUAUCAUGACCCAAUAAUUAAAUACAUUUUAGUCAAUUGUGUAUCUAUUUAUUGUUAUUUGAGUUUUGAAAAGAACAAUCUAAAUGGCCGUCAAUCUUUGCAUGCAUAAAUCUGUCUAUGAAUUUCACAGUGGAAAAUGUCUAGGAAUUCAUAGGCACUGAAUUUGAAUUAGCUGUCUAUGAAUUUCCAACUUCAUAAAAUUGCUAGGUGGCUAGUAUUACAGAGAAACAACAAAACAUUAGCAUUUUAUUUAUUCAUCAAGAAGGAGUCAAUAGGCUACAUAUACUGAACAAAAAUAUAAACGCAACAUGGAACAAUUUCAACAAUUUUACUGAGUUACAGGUCAUAUAAGGAAAUCAGUCAAUUGAAAUAAAUUCAUUAGGCCCUAAUCUAUGGAUUUCACAUGACUGGGCAGGGGCGCAGCCAUGGGUGGGCUUGGGAGCCAGUCCCACCCACUGGGGAGCCAGGCCCAGCAAAAUCUGAAUUAGUUUUUCCCCACGAAAAGGCUGGUCUCAGACAAUGCUGCAGGUGAAGAAGCCCGAUGUGGAGGUCCUGAGCUGGCGUGGUUGCAUGUGGUCUGCGGUUGUGAGGCCGGUUGGACGUAUUGCCAAAUUCUCUAAUACAACGUUGGAGGCAGCUUAUGGUAGAGAAAUUAACAUUCAAUUAUCUGGCAACAGCUCUGGUGGACAUUCCUGCAGUAAGCAUGCCAAUUGCACGCUCCCUCAAAACGUGUGUGACAAUACUGCACAUUUUAGAGUGGCAUUUUAUUGUCCCCAGCACAAGGUGCACUUGUGUAAUGAUCAUGCUGUUUAAUCAGCUUUUUUAUAUGCCACACCUGUCAGGUGGAUGGAUGAUCUUGGCAAAGGAGAAAUUCUCACUAACAGGGAUGUAAACUAAUUUGUGCACUACAUUUGAGAGAAACAAGCUUUGUGUGCGUAUAAGACAUUUUUUGGGAUCUUUUAUUUCAGCUCAUGAAACAUGGGACCAACACUUUACAUGUUGGGUUUAUAUUUUUGUUCAGUAUAGCUUAAUCAAAUUAAUUUACAAACAUACCUCCAUCACCAGCAGCUAAAAUCAAAUCCUGUGUGUGUUGCUUUACACUCUCUCUCCUCCACUGACAAUACUGCACACACUAGAGUAGCAUCCAGCCCAGGCAUCUCUUUGCUCCUUGCACCUGGGAAAGAACCACUAACAUCUGAAAAAUAAACAAAUAGGACAAAUCUGAGGGGCCAAGUGCCUUUGUGCCCCCUAUGGGCAUGACGUCACUGUCUGUGUCUGUGUGUGUGUGUAUAUUUGUGUGUGUGUGUAGGAUCGGGGUGGCUAGAGUGGAUGCGUCGGACCUUUGAGGAACCGGGGUCAUCGGUGGUGGCUCAACUCCUCGCUUUGCUAUCCGUCAUCUUCGUCAUCAUCUCCAUGGUGAUGCUGUGUAUGAGCACGCUGCCAGAUUGGGACACCGCCAAACACAACACAGUGGAGGAGCACAGGUACACACACACACACUCACAAACACGCACGCAAGCAGGGGUCAUGGCAUAUCAGUCGAACUGGGGUGGGCUUAAGAUUGAUCUGUGACAAUGAGCAACCGAAUGCUGCGCCGCAGACAGCCAUUGGCAUUCAUUUAAAACAUUCAUUAUCCACACACAGAGACCUCUAAUAACCUGGUAGCGAAUCAAUAAGCAAUCAGACUUAGCUACAACAUCAGGGGGAUGUUUUGACUGGUUACAUGAACACUAACAGACCUCUCUUCUUCUCUGUGUCCCUCCAUUCCUUUCCCCUCUCCGUGUUUCUGUUUUUCAACCUGUUUCCUUUACACCUCCUUCUUAUUACAGGAUUGUGGAGGCGGUGUGUAUCGGUUGGUUCACAGCGGAGUGUGUGGUGCGUUUCCUCGUGGCUAAGGUGUGUUAUCUUCUUGGUUUUACACACUAAAAUGGCCCGGCAGGUAGCUUAGUGGUUAAGAGCGUUUGUGCCAGUAACUGAAAGGUCGCUGGUUCUAAUCCCUGAGCCGACUAGGUGAAAAAUCUGUCGAUGUGCCCUUGAGCAAGGCACUUAACCCUAGUCGCUCUGGAUAAGAGCGUCUGCUAAAUGACGUAAAUGUAAAAUAUGAGGGUUCCUCAAGGGUCUUUUGGUAAGGGUGAUGGUUCUAUGUGGAACCAUAAUGUCUCAAAGAACACUUUGAGCUCUUCAAUGGUUCUUUGCUCUUUUAGUGAUAAUUAAAAUGUAGGGCGGCUCAUUCGAAUAUUUUGGGGCGUGAUUUACGUACAGCUCCUUUUUGUGCAACCGUGAGCGAGAGUGUCAUUCCAGUUUAUCUAGUGUGUUGUGUCAUUACAUCUGAUUGUGGCUAGUGUUUUUGUUUUGUGAAAGAUUUACAUAUGUCUUGUGUAAUUUGAGAACAGUUGACUAAAUCAGUCAGUGGUUCUCAAGGACCCCUAGAUGAUCCAGAGGUAGCUCAUUUGAUUCAACUUGUCAAUUAACACAAUAAUUACACCUAUGGAAUUUUAAAAAUAUAAUAUGGCUGACCAGAAUAAAAAACCCUGUAUGGUUCUUCAAAAGGAUCUACAAACAGCCUUUCAGAUUGAGAAAGGUUUUUUAUAGAAACAUUCUCCAUAAAAGUUCUAUAAAGAACCAUAAAAAAGGGUUCAUAUAGCCCCAAAAAGGGUUGUAACCAUAGCGGAACCCUUUUAGAACCUUAUGAGCAUGGAUUUUUAUUGAACCUUAAAAAAAGGGUUCUAUAUAGUACCAAAAAGGGUUCCACUAUGGUUACAAGUCAAAUAACCCCUAUCUGGUACUAUUUAGAAGGGAAAAAAUGGUGUGUGUAUUAUACAUUCUGUUUCCUUAUUUUUUCAUUACAUUAAUUUUCUAACUCCAAAAUCUAAAUCGAAUCCAGGACAAGCUGGUCUUCCUGUGUCGGCCGCUGAACCUGAUCGACGUGGCGGCCAUCACACCUUACUACGUCUCCAUGGUGAUGCCAGGCGGGGCAGGGGGGUUGUCAGGCGUCGCCGGGGUAACCCUGAGGGUUCUGAGGAUGAUGCGUGUGUUCUGGCUGGUGAAGCUGGCCAGACACUUCCUGGGCCUGCAGACUCUUGGGCUGACGCUACGCCGCUGUCGUCACGAGAUGGCCACCCUCGCCAUCUUCCUUACCGUUGCCACGGCAAUAUACAGCGCAUUGGCUCAGCUGCUGGAGCACGGCCUCGACCCUGACCACCGUAACCUUGACGACCGCAGUAACAGAGGAGGAGACUACGCCAGCAUCCCAGCUGCCGCCUGGUGGGCUGUCAUCUCCAUGACGACCGUUGGUUACGGUGACGUUUACCCAGUAACGGUUGGCGGGCGCAUGCUGGGCGGGCUGUGUGUGGUCAGUGGCAUCGUUCUUCUGGCGUUGCCAAUCACCUUCAUCUACCACAGCUUUGUCCAGUGUUACAACGAACUGAAGCUCCGCUCUGCUAGGUACACACACAUUCACACACAC